UGAAAAUUAAACAAAAAAAGCUGGUGGAUCCUGGAUCAUACUUAUUUUAUUUUAAUUAUUAUUAUUAUAAAUACACUUCAUAAUUAUAAAGCAUCAUUUUAUUGUAUUAUAUUUUGUGUUAUUAAAAUAGGUUCUCAGCAUGGCUUUUCAUUACGUUGUUACGGCACAAAAACCGACUGCAGUUACAGCAUGUAUAACAGGGAAUUUCACAUCACCAACCGACCUGAACCUUCUGGUUGCAAAGGUGUCUCGCCUGGAGAUGUACCUGGUGACUCCAGAGGGACUCCGACCUAUGAAGGAGGUGGGGCUGUAUGGCAGAGUGGCUAAGAUGAAACUAUUUAGGCCUCCAUAUGAGAAAAAAGAUUUAGUGUUCAUACUGACUGCCCGCUACAACGCAAUGAUACUAGAAUGGAGGACAGGCACAAACGGGGAGCUGGAGGUGGUCACCCGAGCCCAUGGCAACGUAGCAGACAGGAUCGGCAAGCCCUCAGAGAAUGGUAUACUGGCUGUGAUCGACCCACAGGCGAGGGUUAUUGGCUUGAGGUUGUAUGAUGGGCUGUUCAAAAUUAUACCCUUGGAUAAGGAUUCUACGGAGCUUAAAGCUGCAAGUUUAAGGUUGGAAGAAUUAAAUGUUUAUGAUUUGGAAUUUCUGCACGGCUGUUCGAAUCCCACAUUAAUUUUAAUUCAUCAAGAUCUCAAUGGAAGACAUAUAAAGACACAUGAAAUAAAUUUAAGAGAUAAAGAAUUUAUAAAGAUACCAUGGAAACAGGACAAUGUGGAAACAGAGGCGUCUAUACUGAUCCCUGUGCCCAGUCCUUUAGGUGGUGCAAUUGUGAUCGGCCAAGAGUCAAUAGUGUAUCACGACGGGCAAAGCUAUGUGGCAGUUGCGCCUCCACAGAUAAAGUUGACUCCAAUAAGCUGCUAUUGCCGAGUGGAUGGGCGCGGGCUACGAUACUUGCUGGGCGAUAUAGCCGGGCGACUAUUUAUGUUGCUGCUAGAGUUGCAGGAGAAAAUGGACGGCACUCAGGCUGUCAAGGACCUUAAGGUGGAAUUCCUUGGUGACAUCCCAAUACCAGAGUGCAUGACGUACCUCGACAACGGCGUAGUGUUCAUCGGGUCGCGGCUGGGGGAUUCGGCCUUGGUACGACUGUCAGCGACCAGGGACGAGGCGUGCCAGUACGUGCAGCCUAUGGAGACCUUCACCAGCCUAGCGCCAAUUUUGGAUAUGUGCGUUGUGGAUUUGGAGCGACAAGGACAGAAUCAGCUUAUCACUUGCUCAGGUGCCUUCAAAAUGGGUUCCCUCCGGAUCAUCCGCAAUGGAAUUGGCAUCCAGGAACAAGCGCUGAUCGACCUGCCCGGGAUCAAGGGCAUGUGGGCUCUCACCCUGGCGCCCGACUCGCAGUACCACGACACGCUUGUGCUAGCCUUCGUCGGGCAAACGAGAGUAUUAACCCUGAACGGGGAAGAAGUGGAAGAAACGGACAUCCGAGGGUUCGUUUCAGAUCGACAGACGUUCUUCACGGGAAAUGUCUGCCAUGAUCAGUUAAUACAAGUGACAGAUGAGGGUAUCCGGCUGAUAGCGCGCGACGGCGGCGCGUGGGAGCUGGCGGCCACGUGGGCCAUGAGCGGCGUGUCCGUCGUGGCGUGCUCGGCCACGCGCGCCGUGGCCGCGGCCGGCCCGCGCAUCUACCUCGUGGCCAUCGGCCGCCGCGAGCUCACGCUGCUGGCUGAGGUGUGUAUGGAGGAAGAAGUGGCUUGCUUGGACCUUGGGCCAGGGGACGAAGACGCGCUCUUGGGCGUAGGACUAUGGAACGACAUUUCGCUGCGGGUGCUGCGGCUGCCAGACCUCAGACCCUUGCACACCGAGAAGCUGUGCGGUGAAAUCAUCCCCCGAUCUCUGCUAAUCUGUGUAUUGGAGGGAGUUUGCUAUUUGCUGUGUGCGCUUGGAGACGGGUCCAUGUUCUACUUCACGGUAGACCAGGAGACCGGGGUGCUGAGCAAUAAGAAGAAGGUGACGCUCGGCACACAGCCCACAGUGUUGAGGAGUUUCAGAUCGCUGUCGACGACGAACAUAUUCGCGUGCUCGGACCGGCCCACGGUGAUCUUCUCGUCCAACCACAAGCUUGUGUUCUCUAACGUCAACCUUAAGGAGGUCACACACAUGUGCUCACUCAACGCGCAGGCUUACCCGGACAGUUUAGCGCUGGCUACGGUCAACACGGUGACCAUCGGCACCAUCGACGAGAUUCAGAAGCUACACAUUCGCACGGUGCACCUGGGGGAGUCGCCGCGCAGGAUAGCGUACCAGGAGGCCUCACAGACAUUUGGUGUGAUAACCAUGCGAGUAGACAAAUUAGACGUAACCCCUGGAGGCAGUACAGCAUUGGCGGUCAGACCCAGCGCCUCUACAUCCGCAGCCAGCUCCAGUGGCACCGCGCCCACCAGCACCAAACACGCGCCGCCAGCCGCCGACCUGGAGGUGCAUAACCUGCUCAUCAUAGACCAGCACACGUUCGAAGUUCUCCACGCGCAUCAGCUACAACCCUGCGAGUUCGCGAUGGCGUUAGUGUCAUGUCGACUGGCUGAAGACCCCAACCACUAUUACGCGGUUGGAACUGCCAUCAUUAACCCUGAAGAGUCUGAGCCCAAGCAGGGCAGAAUCCUCUUGUUCCACUGGUCAGAAGGCAAGUUAACGCCGGUAGCAGAAAAAGAAAUAAAAGGUGGUUGUUACACGCUCGUUGAAUUCAAUGGCAAGCUGCUAGCAUCUAUAAACAGUACUGUAAGAUUAUUCGAAUGGACGUCAGAAAAAGAGUUGCGGUUAGAAUGUAGUCAUUUUAACAACAUUGUAGCUCUAUACCUCAAAGUGAAGGGUGACUUCAUUCUAGUCGGCGAUCUCAUGAGGUCUCUGUCACUAUUGCAAUACAAACAGAUGGAGGGUAGUUUCGAAGAAAUAGCGCGGGACUACAGUCCUAACUGGAUGACAGCUGUCGAAAUUCUAGACGACGACACUUUCCUCGGCGCCGAGAAUAGCUUUAAUUUAUUCGUUUGUCAGAAGGACAGUGCGGCGACGACGGACGAGGAGCGACAACAAAUGGGAUACAUGGGUCAGUUCCACGUGGGGGACAUGGUGAACGUGAUGCGGCGCGGCGCGCUCGUCGCGCAGCUGGCGGACACCGCCGCGCCCGUCGCCAGGCCCGUGCUACUGGCCACCGUCACUGGCGCCAUCUGUCUAGUCGUCCAACUGACACCCGAACUAUUCGACUUCCUGCACCAACUGGAGGAGAGGCUAACACACACAAUCAAGUCUGUGGGCAAGAUACCGCACUCCUUCUGGCGUUCCUUCAACACUGAUGUGAAGACGGAGCCAGCGGAAGGCUUUAUCGACGGAGACCUCAUCGAGAGCUUUCUGGACCUCUCCCGAGAAAUGCAACAGGAAACUGUGCAGGGGCUACAGAUCGACGACGGCGAAGGCAUGAAGCGAGACGCGACGGUGGAAGACUUGGCGAAGAUCGUAGAAGACCUCACGAGGAUACACUAGUUGUUUGUUUUAAUUUUAAUGAUAAAUAAAUAUAUUUCCUCCAAAAAA